AUGUAUCCUAGAUACAAGUCUCAAGGCGAAAUUCAGACAGCUGUGGAUCAAUUCAGUGCCUGCAUUCCUUGCAGGCUAUCGCCACAUGAAGCGGAUGACCUGGAUGUCAUCUUGCUGGGACAUAGUCUCGGCGGAAUCAUAGCUGCAGACGUUGCUCGUUUACAACAAGGCGCGCAACAAAAGCAUCGAAUUUUGGGAGUAGUGGGAUUCGAUGUCCCCUUUCUGGGAGUCCAUCCCCGCGUAAUAGCAACAGGGACCAUGGGCUUGAUUCCCAAGAAAGACCCGGCAGAUGAAGAGAAGAUUGCGACAGAACAAGAAUCCUUAGGCUUGGAACCAGUUCUCAAACCGGCUCCUUUCAAUCCCAACUUUGACCCACCAUUCAUGAAUGAUGUGCGGCUGGUUGACCGUGGCUUCCUCAAGGGCAUUAUGCAUUUUGUCAACAAAAACGCCGAUAAUCUCUCACGAUCUAUCGUCGACCGCAUCGUAUCACCCUUUAAAUUUGCUGGUUGUGUCAAUAAUUACACUGAACUUCGUCGGCGGUACCGGCACUUAAUGGAGCUGGAAGUUGCUGAGUCCAGUCCCUGGAGAGUACGAUUUGUCAAUUACUAUACCGCGAGCACUGGUCGCAACCCGCGAAAACACAAGACGAAAGCCGAAAAAAAAGCUAGGAAGUCUGCGAAGAAAGACGAAAAGUCCGCAAGAAAGGCCGAAACCGAAAUUGAUCUGGACGAAGAUGCAACGAAAAUUCAUUCGCACGAAUAUUCAGAGACCUCGAGUCUUUCCGAAGACACCGAAGUAACCACUUCCAUGAGCAACAUGACAAUAACAAGAAAGCCCUUGAAGGCCACCAUUUCUCAUUCUUCCCUGGCAUCCAAAAGAGCCAACGAUUACAAGGAUACACUGCUAGUGGAUCAUACAAGUGCCGCGCUGUCUUCAUCAACUUCAGUCGACCAAAUCGACAGCCAGUCCCUCUCGGGGAGCAUUUCCCUCUCAACCGAGAAUGGCUCCAUCAUAACCACGGAGCCCUCAGACCCUAAUAAACAACACCUUCGCAAAUUUAUCCUCUUACCAUCACAUCAUUGGAAGUACAACGAUAACUCCCAUUGGGAGCCGAUAUUAAUGGAGAACAUGGACGAAGUCGUGGCACAUCAGUCUAUGUUUAUCCCACAUGGUGCAAACUACGACCACCUUGUUGGAGGUUGUGUUGGACUAAUUGAGCAAUGGAUUGAGAACGAUCUUACGCGACGAUUCCUCCAAGAAAGCCUUGACUAA